UGGUGCCCGGCGCGCAUGCGCACCAUGCGACUGCUGGGGCCGCUGCGGGCGCAGGCGCGGCUCCGCCCCGCGUUCUCGCGAGAGGCCGGGAUUUGUUCCUACGUGCUGGGCCGUGCUGCUCAUGGCGGCGCUGGAGCGGGGGCGCUGAGCUGGGGGGUAUGAAGUGGAACAGAACAGAAUUUACCACCUGAAACUGCUGCUUCAAGUUCAGAUCAGGAAAAGAAUAUACCACAUCGUAACAACAACUCAAGACCAAAGAAGAGGAAACUUACACUGAAGAUACAAGGCUUGAUCUGAAACCAGAAGUUUGUGCCUACUCAACAGCUUCAAAAGAGCACGUCCCAACGCUGCUAGUAGUCUUUGUUUUCUCCAGUGCUGUGUUGAAACUGCCCAGGGCAGCAGCACUUGUAUUCUUUAUUAGCUUGAUAGAUCACUUUCUCUUGCGUGCUCUCUCUCUCUGUCAAAUAGCAGUCUUCAUCCUUUGAAACUUCGUGCUGAAACAGAAGAAUCGGCUAAUACUACUGAAAGUGCAAUAUUUGAAUAUCACUGCGAGAUGAGCUUUGAUCCAAACCUUCUCCACAACAAUGGACACAACGGGUACCCCAAUGGUACUUCGGCAGCACUGCGUGAGACUGGGGUUAUAGAAAAACUGCUGACCUCUUACGGAUUCAUUCAGUGUUCAGAACGGCAAGCUAGACUGUUCUUCCACUGUUCACAAUAUAAUGGCAACUUACAGGAGCUCAAAGUAGGAGACGAUGUUGAAUUUGAGGUGUCUUCUGAUCGCCGAACUGGAAAACCCAUUGCUGUUAAAUUGGUGAAGAUCAAACCAGAAAUAUUACCUGAAGAGCGAAUAAAUGGACAAGUUGUGUGUGCUGUUCCUCACAAUUUAGAGAGUAAAUCUCCAGCUGCCCCGGGUCAGAGUCCAACAGGGAGUGUAUGCUACGAACGUAAUGGGGAAGUGUUUUACCUGACUUACACCCCAGAGGAUGUUGAAGGAAAUAUUCAGCUGGAAACAGGAGAUAAAAUAAACUUUGUAAUUGAUACAAAUAAACAUACUGGUGCUGUAAGUGCUCGUAACAUUAUGCUAUUAAAAAAGAAACAAGCCCGCUGUCAAGGAGUAGUCUGUGCCAUGAAAGAAGCCUUUGGAUUUAUUGAGAGGGGUGAUGUCGUGAAGGAGAUAUUCUUUCACUAUAGUGAAUUUAAAGGUGACCUAGAAGCCUUACAGCCUGGUGAUGAUGUGGAGUUUACAAUCAAAGACAGAAAUGGUAAAGAAGUUGCAACAGAUGUAAGACUGCUGCCACAAGGAACUGUUAUUUUUGAAGAUAUCAGCAUUGAACACUUUGAAGGAACUGUAACCAAAGUAAUUCCUAAAGUACCCAGCAAAAAUCAGAAUGAUCCGUUACCUGGCCGCAUCAAAGUUGACUUUGUGAUUCCUAAAGAACUUCCAUUUGGAGACAAAGAUACAAAAUCCAAGGUGACUUUGCUGGAAAGUGACCACGUUCGAUUCAAUAUUUCAACAGACAGGCGUGACAAACUGGAACGAGCCACCAAUAUAGAGGUUCUCCCAAAUACUUUCCAGUUUACUAAUGAAACUAGGGAAAUGGGUGUGAUCGCAGCGAUGAGAGAUGGCUUUGGCUUCAUUAAAUGUGUUGACAGGGAUGCUCGUAUGUUCUUUCACUUCAGUGAAAUUAUGGAUGGAAACCAACUCCAUAUUUCUGAUGAAGUAGAGUUUACUGUGGUUCCUGAUAUGCUGUCUGCCCAAAGAAAUCAUGCUAUUAGGAUUAAAAAACUUCCGAAAGGCACGGUUUCUUUCCACACCCAAUCAGAUCACCGUUUUGUGGGCACUAUAGACAAAGAAGCCACUCCAGCUAAAGCCACUAGCCCUAAUAAAGGCAAAGAGAAGGAAGCUGAGGAUGGAAUAAUUGUUUAUGAUGACUGUGGAGUAAAACUGACCAUUCCUUACCAGGCCAAGGAUGUGGAAGGAUCUGCUAAUCCACAGAUUGGAGAUAAGGUUGAGUUCAGCGUUUGUGAAGUGAAGAGAACUGGUCUGCAAACAGCUGUUUCUGUCAGAAUGCUUGGACGCAAUUAUAGUUCCAAGAGGCUUUUGGGAUAUGUGGCAGCCCUGAAAGAUAACUUUGGAUUUAUUGAAACAGCUAAUCAUGAUAAGGAGAUCUUCUUCCACUACAGUGAGUACUGUGGUGAUAUUGAUAGCCUGGAACUUGGAGACACAGUUGAAUACAGUUUGUCAAAAGGCAAAGGAAACAAAGUCAGUGCAGAAAAGGUGAACAAAACACAUGCAGUGAAUGGUAUCACUGAAGAAGCUGAUCCAACUGUUUACUCUGGUAAAGUAAUUCGUCCUUUGCGCAGUGUAGAUCCCACACAAACUGAAUACCAGGGCAUGAUUGAAGUCAUGGAAGAUGGUGAGAUGAAAGGGGAGUUCUAUCCAUUUGGAAUUGUUGGAAUGGCAAACAAAGGUGACUGUCUGCAAAAGGGGGAGACAGUUAAGUUCCAGCUUUGUGUGCUUGGCCAAAAUGGGCAGACAAUGGCUGUCAACAUCACGCCAUUCCGCAGGGCCACAGUGGAAUGUGUGAAAGAUCAGUUUGGUUUCAUUAACUAUGAAGUGGGUGACAGCAAAAAGCUCUUCUUCCAUGUCAAAGAAGUUCAGGAUGGUGUGGAACUACAGGCUGGGGAUGAAGUGGAGUUCUCAGUAAUCCUGAACCAGCGCACAGGGAAAUGCAGUGCCUGUAACGUGUGGCGUGUCUGUGAAGGCGCUAAGGCUGUUGCUGCUCCACGACCUGAUAGACUUGUUAAUCGUUUAAAGAACAUUAAUCUGGAUGAUGCCAAUGCUCCUCGUCUAACAGUUCUUCGUCAGCCCAGGGGACCGGAUAACUCAAAGGGAUUUGGUGCAGAGAGAAAGAUCCGUCAAGCUGGUGUUAUAGACUGAUCAACAAAGCCAAUACCUGAAGUACGACUGAGUGGUGGGGGCUGGUGAAGGGUACUGAAUAUCUCCCUAUUCAUCCCUUCCAAAUUUUAAGAAGCUAUUACACCAGUUUUAACACCUUCUCAUGUUAUGUUUAAAAUAAAUUUAUGAAACCAUUUUAAAAUUAUGCACAGUUGCAUUCUGGAGAACUUAAGGUGGCGCCUUAUAGUAUCACAUUUUAGAAGCUUGUUUUGAAUGGUGCAUUUAACGCAACUGGUAACUGCAAAUCUACAUUGCCUAUGUGAGUAAACAUUAUAGACAGCUCUACUCUGGUAGACCUUAUGGAAUUCUGCACUACAGUUAUCUAUGCUUUCUUUGUUAUUUUGGCCAAGAUAUUUUACUAUGCCUUAGUACUCGAUUGCAUUGUAUCUUUCCUUCCAAGUGGAAGUGGAAGGCUCACUUCUGCUUGCUCUGCUCAAACUAUGAGGACCAUGAGGGUGGAAUAAGUUCAACUUUAUAGAAAAUCUGUAUGAGCAUUCAGAUAACUUAAGUUGAUGGCCAGAUGUUACCAUGUUUUCAUAUUUCAUUUAACUUGAGUUCUUUAGACAGCAAAGUUGUGGUAGAGCUCAGUGAAAGUCUCUUUCUGGGAUAGACUUAUUUUUGUAGUGUUCUGAAACACAUGCAGUGCAGAAUUUCAUAAGGCUGAGGUGUGCCAUCAGUGUGGUAAUUUAAAUAUAUUUAAAACAAUGCACAAAUUUGCUGCUGCUUAGAACACUGCAGCUUCUAAACCCAGUUUCUUUUACUGAUUUAAAUUUACAAAGAAAGAAGUUGUGCCUGAAGUGAAUACUUUUUUUUUUCUUCUUUGCAGCCGGCACCCAGUGUACUGUAAAAGAAUAAAUACUUAGGCUUUCCAUAGCUGUACUGAGACUUUCAUCAAGGUGAAAUAGUUGAUGUCUGUGUGCUUCCCCCCGCCCCCCCGCCCCUUCCCCCAUUUUCCCAGUCACACGUUAUCAAGCAAGAAAACUGAAUGAUUGGUCUAAGUAUUACUUUACCAAAAAGAUCAGGAGUUCCUUUCUUUGAAUAGAGGGCAGUACUGUGUUGUUUUUUUUUUUGUUUGUUUGUUUUUUCAUGUUACCUCUAUUCUCGAUUUAGGGUUUUCUUCUCUGGGAGAUGCAUUAUCUUUGUAAAACAAACAUUGCUUUCUCCAAUUUUUUUCUGUUAAUGGCAAAGAAUGGAAAUAGAAUAAAGUUUUACUGAUUUUGAGACAA